AGCACGUUCUUAUACAUAUAUGAUUUGCACGAAUUCCUAUAAUUAGGGUGUAGUAUAGCUCUUGAAAUGAGCUAAGUCAGCUAACAAAUUUCCUUCUCCCUAAAAUUUAAUGGCGCCAAGUUUUGCACUAUCAUCACCAUCCAUCAAACUCUACACAACUUUUAUCUUGGUUGUCUUUGCCUUUUCCACAACAGCCUCUCAUCCAUGUAAGGAAACAAAGAUGAGUGUGUUCUUCCAAGAUGUUGCUACUGGACCUAACGCAACUGUCGUCGCAGUCGCCGGGAUCCCGGGCACGACGCCUGGAUUUCUUCAAUACGGGUCCGUGUUUGUCUCCGAUGAUCCCAUAACUGAAACAAUUGAUAAAAAUUCACCUGAAAUCGCCCGCGGCCAAGGAAUCUAUGUAACCUCAUCAAAAGAUGGGCUGAGCACCCAUCUUUCGGUUUCGAUUGCUUUCACCAACAGAGAAUACAAUGGUAGUACCUUAGAACUACAAGGUAACAGUUUCCAACUAGCAGAUGUUAGAGAAUACGCAAUUGUUGGAGGUACUGGUAGGUUUCGAUUUGUUAAGGGAUAUGCUACUUUAGAUACAGUAUUUUUUGACCCAUCUAUUCUGUAUUCUGUCAUAAGAUGUAAUCUCACCAUCCGCUAUGAUUAAUGCAUUUAAUCAUGAAGAAUGAUUUAAACUCUUCUUUUUUUUUUUCCUUGGGCUGAUGUAAUUAUAUAUCAGCUGGCUCGCUGGCUAGACUCAUUAUAAUGUACCUAAUUGGAAUAGUCUUUGUAUUUCAUCUUGAAAGAAAAUGCAUCUAUUAUUCUAACAGUGAACAUUGGUAUGUAGUGGGAACAAAUGAAAGAAAGGGUUCAUAGGACAUCAAGAACAUGAUGUCUUCUGUCUCAUCUAAACCCGAUGGAUGUUUAUGUUAUUUAGUUCAAUCUCAGCUGAAACCCGGAGCCGGAAGAGCAAGAAAUUAUAUUUUUAUCAUUUUGCAGUAUGUGUUUUUAAAUAAGGUUCUUAUUAACAAUGUAAAGAAAUAUAUUGCUGAGAAUAUAAAAAGGCGGAUGGGUGGGUUAACCACACAAAUGUGCUUCUGCCAAAACAAUAUGCUAGUCCAAUUUAUUCACUCUCCCUCGUCAGAGUAAAGAAAACACAAAUGUGUUUAGGAAAAUCCAUCCAGCCCCAAAAACCAAACUCUCUAUGACUCUAUGAGAGCUAAUCCUCCAUCAAUAAGGAAAUGGGGGUGUAUACUGUAAAGUACUAGUUUACAUUCAAACAGCAAUACUCCCACACAAGCAGCUAAAAUGUACCAAGGAAUAAGACAGAACUUGAAACCAUGAAAUCAGAAUGCUGGGCGUGUUUCACACUUACUGACAUAACCACCUAACAAGAAAAUUCAUGAAGUGGCUAACAACCACUCACCAGUCUCGUAACGCAAGACUAGGAAAUAGCUGGAGCAAGCGUGAAAUUCAAGAUAUUUGCAAAAGGCUAAAUACUAGUCAAAAGAACAGAUACUAGGGGUUAUCUCUCAGUCAUCUACAGCAAGAAAUAUCAACCUGUGAAAGCUUUACAUCAGCCCAAAAACCCUAGCUUUACAUUUGUCCAAAAACCUUAUAAAUGGCAAUACGAUUGGUAGUCACUAGGAUUUAUGGUUCUUUUGUACAACCACCAUCUGUCAAUCUUGCAUUCAGAUGGC